AUGAAAAAAGAAGACUCUGCCCUGUUCUGGAUCCCGGGCGUGUCGCUCGCAAUUCCGCCCUGGCCGAAUCUGCUCCAUUCUAAAGUCAUACUUCUUCACCCUGGCAAUGCAAAGAGGUUUGGCACAUUUGUCGAGUCCAAGACCUUACAUGACCGUCAGGCGCGCAUCCGUGUCAACCUUAUAGUCCUCUUUCGGCUUUUGAUACGAUGUCAACAUCUGGCCUUCGACCACGACAACUUUUGGGUCUUCAUGCGCAAUCACUGGGGCGUUGACAAUGCCAGCGCUCAAAUGAUCGAGGAACUUGCACAGAUUUACUCGGAUCGUCGCCGCGUCUACCUAGAAUGUCCAAAGAUUAUCAAGAAGCGCCAUGAUAACUUGACCAACCUCAUCGACGCAUGGAAUUCCCGAGAUCCUGACCCGCCCGCCUCUUCCCGUCCAGCAAACCAGGAAGUCGACAAAGAAUGGAGUCACGUUGAGAAGUCAUGGCUAGACCUGAUGGAGCACGACCGGCAGUCAAUUAUUGACCCGUCAAAGCCCCCUGUGUUGGGGGCUUUCCCCGUAAAGAAGGGCACAGCUUCAGCCCUCCAAAUCAGAGGUGGAAGCAUCCGCGGGCCCGGCAAAGAUCUCUUCUCAAGCACCUCAGCACCAUCAGCAGACUGCCGGCGUAGAGAUUCCUGCACCAGCAACCACAUGAUGGCCUCUACUCCCAACAAGGAUCUCUUCUCACGCAUCCCAAUACCAUCGCCUGACCGGCAAUGUAGAGGUUCUUCCCGCAGCGACUCUAUGAUGCUGUCGACUCUAGGCGCUUCAGAGAGUCAGAAAGCUAUUGACGACCCCACUCAAAGCCAAGGGCGGAAACGUAGGCUCAGCCAGGACUCACCCAACUGCGUCAAGCGUCAGUGUGUCCCGGGAUCGCCGCCAUGUUCCCCACGACGGGACUCGAAGCUCACUCUUCCUUCCAACGACCCCUCGAAUCAAGUGCUGAAUGAUCAUUAUAAAAAAGGAACCUUCGUAAAUGAGGGCGCAACAAAAACUGCGCCUGAUACAAGUCAAAUUUUGGCCAAAGAACAACAAGGGAUCUAUGACUCAGUCCCAAGAGAUCAGAGCAUUAUUAGACACAAGAAGAAGGCACAUCACAGUAAUGAGCUCCUCAUAUUGUUUGAAACCAGAGUAGGACAAAUGGACGAAACUAUGCAGCUCCUGAAAGAGCAAACGAUGCUCAUUAUGGAGUCUGGAGAGCUCUCAAGAGAUAUUCAGAAGGCACACGACCAGCUGAACAUGCUUACAGCUUCAAAGUGCCAAGAUGCGCUUGAAAGGCUGGACCUCCUGAACGGUCAAAUUUCCGGCGUUGUUGCAGACGUGAUGACAUGCCGCAAGACAGGCCAAGUGAUUCAACAUCAACAACAAAAGCAACAAGAGCUCAUCGAAAGCUUUGAAGGGGGCGUCAAGACUCUGAACCAAGAGCUAGAGGGAGUCAAAAACGGCCUUCUGUUGCACAAGAGUCCUCUCCAGAGCCGUGAGGCAGGCAGUCAAACAGACAAAGCACGACCAGAAGGGCGAAAUGGGAUGGAAAUUCAACAGGGCAAUAUGAUGGAAGCACGACUAGUCAAGUUGGAAGGCCGAUUGGAAGAGCGGCUUGACAUGUACCUACCGGCUCACCCAAGCUUCGAAGAGCGCCUCGAGAGGAUGGAAAUGGCCACCGCCAGCCAAGUACCGAAUGCUGAUUACCUAAACCGGCUCACAAAGAUGGAGGAGGCCAUUGCUAUCAACACAACCUUGAUUAACAACUGCAGAACACUCGUCGAAGUUAGCAAAACCUCCUUUGAUCAGCAUUUUGGAAUGCUUCAUAAUCGCAUCGCAUUGGUGGAACAUCGCCUCACGAACCACGUUGCCGAACAGGCCGAAACAAACAGAGAACAAGCUAAGAGAAUGGAUCGAAUGGAGGCCGAGCUCCAACGGCACAGAGAAACAAUAUCCUCACAACAGCAACCAAUUGCUGGCCGUCAACAUGCAGCAGAGGGUGGCGGUUUCCAGCCCCAGUUGAACGCGCUCAAGAACUCUUUAGCUGUCGUGGCGCGGGGUCAAAGCAUGGAAAAUCCCGAAAGAAUCUCAACAACACCAUUAACGCCCAUAAACCCCCAAUCCCAGAUCAACCAGAGCUCUCUGAACCGUCCUUCAAGAUCAGUACAGAGCGGGGUGCCCGUUGGCCUACCGAAAUCCCAACUUAACACGGCACCCAAGAAGGAGGAGACUUAA